AUGGAAGCCCAGGUCGAGAUGAGACCUCAUGAUUUGAUUGAGAAUUCUCCCAGGAAAAUCAUAUCAGAUGUCAAUGUCGACCCUGUUGAAGAUGCGCCUACAAAAACUUCGGCAGAAUUCUCAUCCCGCAAGCCGGUGCCACGAAUCUGGAACUUCAAUGAUGAAUUCUGUCUUGCUGCCUUGAAGUCGGAGUGGUACAAGUCGUUGUUCGCCAUCCAAAGCACCUUUUUUCACGCCUCAAUCGACUUCUUCCGCGGCCCUCAGUACGACUACCGCUACCUCCUUGUCCCGCUCACUACCAGUAGCAUUAGUUCGCCUAUGGGCCUCGGCUCGGACUCGCAACCCGUGUCGAUCGAGUUACACGGGGAGACCACAUACUUGGCAGAUUCGCAGCAGUUUCUCCUCGAAUACGCCCUCCGCUAUGAUGAUGACGUACCUGGCACCUACUACGUCGGUACCAGUUGCCGUGGAGAGGACCAUGACAGCACUCACCUCAAUCAAUUUUAUCAUGUCGAGUGCGAACUCAGGGGUAGCUUGCAGGAAGGAAUUAAAGUUGCCAAUGAGUACAUCAUCUCCCUGACGAGGAUUUUGUUAGAGAAACAUGGCGACACCAUCAAGUCUCUCGCUGGCUCAACGCGCCAUAUGACGGCCCUCCUGGAGCUCGCUACUAAAAAUGGUGGCAAUUUUCCAACGCUGACUUUGGACGAGGCACUCGCAUUGCCAGAAAUCAGGCAUAACGAAGGCAUUAUGUGGGAAUACACAGUUACGGGACGCCCUGAGUACCGCAGCAAGGCUCGUUGUGGUGAUUUUCUGCUCGGACUGGGAGAAGUCGUCGGCUGUGGCAACCGUCACACCACGGCCGAGGAGGCUUUGGUCGCUCUCGAUCACCACGGUGUUGACCCGGCCGACUAUGCCUGGUAUGUGGAUAUGCGGAGGCUGAAGCCCCUCGAAACAACUGGAUGGGGCAUAGGAUCUGAGCGGUUUCUUAGCUGGGUCUUGCAGCACGACGAUGUUCGGGACAUACAGUUGAUACCCAGACUCAAGGGGCUGACUAGCACUCCGUGA